AUGCGGCUCCAGCGGGGGGGGCCACCAGACCCCGUGGUCGUGGAGACUUGGGGGGCGGGGGCAGCGGCCCCCACCGCUAAGACGGCGGCGGUGGCGGCGAUGCAGACGGCGAGGAGGGACCCCAGAUGCCUGCCGCUGCUGCCGCUGCUGCCGCUGUGCAGGAGCGCGGAGACGACUCCCAUGGAGGUCAUGGUGCUGGUGGGGUUCACCCAGCCCCCGUCCAUCACGUGGCAAUCGCGCGAGGACUACGCCGUCGACCCACGUGACAACAUGGUGCUGCAGUGCGAAGCACGCGGCAACCCAGCGCCCACCUUCUGGUGGAGCAAGGACGGGGGCAGCUUUGACCCCGACAGUGACCCCCACGUGCGGCGCCGUGGGGAUGGCUCGGGGACCUUCACCGUCGACUUGGCGGCGGUGGCGGCGGCGGCGCGCUACCAGGGGGUCUACCGCUGCUGGGCGGGGAACCGGGCGGGCACGGCGCUCAGCAACAACAUCACCGUGAGGCUGGCGCGUGCCCCGCGGUGGCCUCGUGAGCAGCUGGCGCCCGUCAUGGCCGCCGUGGGCUCCCCGGCCGUGCUGCCCUGCCGCCCUCCUGCUGCCCACGGCUUCCCUCCUCCCACCGUCUUCUGGCUGGACAGCUCCGUGAAGAAAGUUCCGCUGGAUGCGCGAGUGACGCAGGGUCCAGAGGGUGACCUGCAUUUCGCCAACGUGCUCCGCGGCGACGGGGGUGACUACGUGUGCCACGCGCGCUACCCGCACACGGGCACCAUCCGCUACAAGCAGCCGCUACGGCUGGUCGUCACACGCAAGCGUCCGUCAAAGCGCCGGCCGGUGUUCGUGGAGCCUGCGGGGGAGACGAGUAGCAAGGUGGUGCUCACCGGGGAGACGCUGCUGCUGAUGUGCAUCACACAAGGGCUCCCCACGCCUAAGGUGAGCUGGAGCAAGUGGGGUGGGGCGGCGUCGUCGGAGGAAGCCGCCCCCCUCGCCGCCCCCUCCGGCACGACGUUGGCACAACGCUGGCACGACACCGGUACGACGCUGGUCAUCCACAACGCGGCGCUGUCCGACGGCGGCAGCUACCAGUGCCGCGCCGUCAACAGCGAGGGUGUGGCGCUGCACACCGUCACGGUCACCGUGGAAGCCAAGCCGCACUGGGCGGCUGCGCUGCCAGCGAGCUGCAGCGUCGCCCCGGGGGGCAGCGCCGAGCUCACGUGCAGAGCCAGCGGAGUCCCCGCACCGACCAUCCGCUGGCUCCUCAACGGCGUGCCCAUCCACGAAGCCCCCGAGGUGCCGGGCCGGUGGGUGGACGGCGACUCCCUGACGCUGACCCGGCUGCGGGAGGAAGACACCGGCGUGUACCAGUGCCAGGCCUCCAACCGCCACGGCACCAUCCUGGCCAACGCCUACGUCAACGUGCUGGCCGUGGCCCCACGGAUGCUGUCGCCGCCGGACAGGCUGUACACGGCCACAGAGGGACAGGCCGCGCACUUGGACUGUGCCGUGUUUGGGUUGCCGCGUCCCAACAUCCUGUGGUUCAAGGGCGACUACGCCGGACCCCUGGCGGGCGAGCGCCACCAAACCUUGGCCAACGGCACGCUGCUCAUCUGGAGCGUGUCGCCUGGCGACUCGGGCACGUACACGUGCUUUGCUGUCAACAAGCUGCACCACGAGCAACUGCGGGCGCGCCUCGACGUACAAGUCGCCAGCGGCAGCAGCAGCAGCAGCAGCUCGGAGCCGGGAGCCGUGCCACUGGACGGCACAGGCCGCUCCUCGUCAGAAGAGGAGUCGCUCGCCACGACGACUAAGAGCCCCUUCGUCAGCGCCGCGAUGGCCGUGGUGGCCGCGAUGGUGCCGCUGACCGUCGUGGUGUGCGCCGCGUGCCGGGGCAGGAGGCGGCAGCAGACACAGCGGCGCCUGCGAACCCUCCGGUGA